UAUAGCACAAAUUUCUAAUUUUCUUCUAUUCAAUAUUACAUCAAUUUUUUUAUUCAUAUAAAUAAUGAUUCAGUUCGAAAUAUCCGCACCGGGCAAGGUAAUUUUACAUGGAGAACACGCGGUGGUAUACGGAAAAACUGCUGUUGCGGCCAGCUUAAAUUUACGUACUAAACUCAAAUUCUCGGAAUUAGAUUCGAACAGGAAGUUUAUCGAGAUAAACUUCCCUAAAGUCUGUUUGUACUUAAAAAUAUCUUUGGAUGAAUUUCUAGAAUACUUGCAGCCUUCUUAUCCGAUUAACGAGAAUACUGAUCAAUUACUUGAGCAAGUCCAAAAGUUUGUUUCUUUACAACAAUUUACUAGCAAGUACGACGGUGAAAGGUCACAGAAGUUAAGCUUACAAGCGGUACUAUAUUUGCUCGCUUAUAUCGCCUUCGAAGAACAGAUCCAAAUUAAACCUUUCUCCAUACAUUUAAUUACGGACUUAACGGUCGGUUCGGGUCUGGGUAGUUCGGCAUCGUUCGCAGUCUGUCUCGCGGGAUGCUUCCUCCACUGGGUACGUCUACUGAAGGGCGAUAUUCAUGAUACAUUUGAUCUAGAUGAUCUUGAAAGGAUCUCGAAGUAUGCACUGAGCUGCGAGCAAAUUAUGCAUGGUUCUCCAUCUGGGAUCGACAACAGCGUGUGCACAUACGGUGGGGCAAUAGAGUUCCGACGUGGAGAACCGGUGAGUGUGUUGUCUAAUAUGCCAAACUUGAAUAUCCUGUUGGUCGACACAAAGGUCACUCGGAAUACGAAAGAUCUGGUGAAUCGAGUGCGGGAGCGAAGAAAAUUACAUCCAGCAGUCAUCGAUUCGAUCUUCGACAGCAUUGAGACGGUAUCAAAAACGGCUGUUCAAGUCUUCGGUGAAAUAUAUAAUGCUCAGACAACCAACGAUGCGGCUCUCCUAGAUUCAGGAUAUGAAAAAUUAUCUUCUCUCAUCAACAUUAACCAAGGAUUACUUAGUACAUUAGAUGUAUCACAUCCUGCCCUGAAUAACAUUUGCUCAAUUGCACAAAAUAAUUUAUUAGCUGGAAAACUCACAGGUGCUGGUGGAGGUGGAUACGCAUAUAUCUUAUUACCGAAUACUGAAAACAUAAUUGAUACGGUUUUCUAUGAAAAUUAAGACAGUCAUACCAUGUCAUAUCAACUAGCUUGGGUGGCAAUGGAGUGACGAUUGAACGUAAAAUACAGAAUUAGUAUUAGGAUACAACAUAAUAUAAAUAGAUAUUGAGUUAUUAUGAAAUUCUCUAUUCUUUUUUCAUAUAGAAUCAAAUAAGAUAAAUCAAUAAUAUAAAUCUUAUUGAUAAUGAUAUUAUAAAUGGGAGGAAAGAAGAAUAGAGAAUUUUAUAAUAACUCUAUAUAUUAAAUAAUAAAGCAUGUAUCAAUAAGAUAAAUCUAAAAUAAAGCAUGUAUCUAUUAAAUAUAUAUACAAAUUAUUACAUCAUAGAUGGGAAGAUAACUAUGAAAUAUUCUUUCGCGCUAAUAUAAUAUAUAACAAUAUAUAUUGUUGAUAUAUAUAUAUAUAUCGGAUGUCUAUAUAUAUAAAUACUUGUAAAUUAUCGUUAUUGAUUUGCGCGAUACACAAGAACCGAUCCGAGAGGAAAAAAUAUUCUCUUCAUUUCGUUUAUAUUUGGAUUUUUGGAGAAAUAGAAAUUUUUCGUCCAAAUUCAUAAAAAAUAACAAAUAGAAGCAUAAAUAUCAUCCUGCUUCGGAUUCAGCUCAAGCUCUAGUAAUUAUAUGUAAUUUUUAAUUGAAUUAAAAUUAUAAUAAUCAACACUGCGAAUAAAAUGUUUAUAAAAAUCAACAAAAAUAACACUAUCUUCUGUGUCAAAAUGAUAUGAAAAUGACUUUGAUCUAAAGUGCGAGUAUUGCGUUUUACGAUGUAUCUAGAUAUAAUAAUCAGAGUAUCAAAGUAUAUUUACAUCUACUUCAUAAAUUAUUCGUUCUGUUUGAAACUAUAAUUUGUAUCAACACAAGUUGAGGUCAUCACAAUAAUUGUUUCUUAAGUAGAACAAAAUUAUAAUGUUCACACGACUAGUUUGCAUUAUCAAAAUAUAUAUAAAAAGUUAUAUUUAUUUAAAUUAAAAUCUGAUGAUAAUUAAUCGUAUCUAUUAGAAUUCUAUUAAUAGUUAAGAAAAGAUUUUUUAUCCAAUGCGUAAUACAUUAUCUUUUCCUAUUGUCAAAAAUUGCAAUAUUUGUGUUAAUGUUAAAUUAUUGUUAAAGUGAGUUACUUUAUACAGUAAAUGUAUUUAUACUAAUGUAAGAGCAAACAUUAGAAAUUAAAUUUCAAAAUAUGAUCUAAA